GGGGCCUGCGCCGCAUCGGGACCAUUCGGCAGCUCCUGCAUCCCGGGCUCCGAGCAUCCUCUGGGCGGGGGCUGGGAACACCGCGCCACCGCACCGGGCCCCGCAUCUCGGCAGCCCCGGCCUAAAGCGAGGCCAUGGCGGAGAUCGCCAGCGUCCAACCCGGCUUCGAUGUCUCCCCGGUGGUCGCGGGUCUCAUCGGUGCUACCGUCCUGGUGGUUUCUGUCUCAGUAACAGUGUUUGUGUGGACAUGCUGUCACCAGCAAGCAGAGAAGAAGCACAAAACCCCACCCUAUAAAUUCAUCCACAUGUUGAAAGGCAUCAGCAUCUACCCCGAGACCUUGAGUAACAAGAAGAAGAUCAACCGGAUCCGGAGAGACAAGGCUGCCGGCAGCGCUCCAAAGGAGCCGGGAAGGGGAAACCUCUUGGUGGAUGCUGCUGAAUCUGGUUUAUCCCACCCCGAAAAAGCUCCGGAUGGGCCAAGUGCAGCCCCCCGUGUCGACCAGCUCCCGAUCAAAAUAGAUUAUGGAGAUGAACUAAGUCCAGAUCAAAGCCUCACUCCUGGAGGCAGUAAAACCUCCUCCCCGUCUUCUCCGGGGGACGACGUCAUGUUGGGGGAACUGACUUUCUCCGUGGACUACAACUUCCCCAAAAAAGCCCUGGUGGUUACCAUCCAGGAGGCUCACGGGCUGCCAGUGAUGGAUGAGCACACUCAGAGCUCUGACCCUUACAUCAAGAUGACAAUUCUCCCAGACAAAAGGCACCGGGUGAAGACUCGAGUCCUCCGCAAGACGCUCGACCCCGUCUUCGACGAAACUUUCACCUUCUAUGGGAUCCCCUACAGCCAGCUCCAGGAUUUGGUGCUUCACUUCCUUGUCUUGAGCUUCGAUCGCUUUUCUCGGGAUGAUGUCAUUGGAGAGGUCAUGGUGCCCCUUGCAGGGGUGGAUCCAAGCACUGGGAAGGUUCAGCUGAGCAGGGAGAUCCUCAAAAGGAACAUACAAAAAUGUGUCAGCAGAGGGGAGCUGCAGGUCUCCUUGUCAUACCAGCCCGUGGCCCAGAGAAUGACCGUGGUGGUUCUGAAAGCCAGACAUUUGCCAAAGAUGGACAUCACUGGCCUCUCAGGUAAUCCCUACGUGAAGGUCAACGUCUACUACGGGCGGAAGCGGAUCGCCAAGAAGAAGACCCACGUGAAGAAGUGCACUUUGAACCCCGUCUUCAACGAGUCCUUCAUUUAUGACAUCCCCGGGGACCUCCUGCCUGACAUCAGCAUCGAGUUCCUCGUCAUCGAUUUCGACCGCACCACCAAAAACGAGGUGGUGGGGAGGCUGAUCCUGGGAGCCCACAGCGUCACCGCCGCCGGCGUGGACCACUGGAGGGAGGUUUGUGAGAGCCCCAGGAAAGCAGUGGCCAAGUGGCACAGCUUGAGUGAGUAUUAGGAGAGGUAGGGGCAGGAUGAGCCAGGCAGCUCCUAGCCCAGGUUCACACCUGGGUUUAGCUGGAGAACUCCACUUUUGGGAAAGAAGCAGCAGCUGACGGGUUCUUUAGUGAUGGGAUUUUGGUUGGUUUGGUUUUCUUUUUGGUUUGGUUUUUUUUUGUUGUUGUUUUUUGUUUUUUUUUUUUUUUUUCAGGGCACUCAGAAAAAAAAAAUAUAAUUUCUUUGGAGCAUUAAGUGGGGGAAAAAUAAAAAAAAAGGAAAAAAAAAAAAAAGAUACCACGGAUAUAUAUACACAGUGUAAUCACGCUAUUGCAUGCCUAAUACAAACUGGAAUUAAUAUAACUGCCAGUAUCAAGCUGCAGAUUUUAAUACAAUUAUCUGUCACUAUGGAAGUUGUGUUUGUGCUGAACUGUCUUUGCUGGUAUUCACCACAAUUGGCCUGUCUUUCUGAGGCUUCUCCCAAAGUUUCUGAAUUCUGCUGUUUAACCUCUAGUUUCUUGUUAGUUUGCCUGCCCAUUGGUUCUUGCAGUUCUGUUCUUUGCUGGUUUGGGAGUACCAAGUGCAUUUCCAUAGCAAGGGUGGUUUAGAAGUCUGCACUAGCACAAAAGAUAAGAGAAAAAAAAGACAAAAAAGACAGGGGAAAAUGGAAUGUUCCUUCAGAGAAGAAAGAAUUCUGUUGCCAGGUACUGAAACACAUUGCACUGCACUUCUGCUGGAGCUCUAAGGGUCACAUCUGAAAUCCAAACCCCACCAAACCCAUCCUUUUGCUUUUUGCCACGUGGAGCUCAGGACCAGGGAAACUCCACUCUGGUUCCUUUUCUUUAAUUGUGUGCAUGAAGGACCCAAGAAAAACCCCACUGAUUGCUAAGGAAGCUCUUGCUGAUUCCUAGAAACAUGAAAUGGGGAAUUUCAUGAUUGAUGAGUUGUUGGGGUAACAGCUCCAGGGAGGUGUCCUGGGGGAAGAGGUUUUAAGGCAGAAAAUAACAAAGCUUCCCUUCAUUCAUCCCUGAGUAAAUUGACAUUACUCAUGAUCUUGGAGUUACCUAAGAGCCAGCCAAAAGAAAAAGGAGCAAAGAGAGGGCAAAACCUGUCACUGCACCGUGUGCCAGGCUCUUUCAGAAGUUUUUUUUUCAGAGUUUUGAGGCAGUUUGAGUUAGUCCUUACAUAGUGAAUGACUUCUGAGACUUAAGCCAUGCUUUACCAUCACCUCUGGAGUCUCAAAAGGUGACCUGUAGCACUUCAGGCUAUUUAACCCUGAACUCUCAGUAGUUUUGGACAGAAGUUCAUAGAAGUUCCACAGCUCCAAGUUGGGGAGUAGCUGGAUUUGCUCUCGUGGCACACACCAGGGUUUUGUACAAGGCAGCAGCAUCCUGGAGGUAACUUGAUUUUGCCUUCUUGUUACGUGGGAAGCUGGAGGGAUGAGAAUUGGCAGCAAGUAAUUAAUUGGUCAUAAACAUUGCUGGUAAACUGAGCAGAAAGAGUUCUAGCAGGCUGGAGAAAUUCAGAUUAUUUCUGGACUCUCCAAUGAAGCUGGGAAGCAGACCUGAGCUUGGAAAGUUCAGUUGCUUCUGGGCAGUCUGCUCCGUGCCCUGUGGAAUGUAAAUAAUGUUUAAUCAGGAGAUAUCAUUAAAAAAAAUAAAUAAAUUAAGGUGAUCUAACUAGUUACAGGACUUGACUACUGAAUUUUAGGGCCCUGUUGGAAUACUGAUCCUUUCCACCUUCAUAGCAAUGGAAGGAGAAUAACCAAGCAAGUGGGUUCCCUCUCCAGCCCCCCUGGAAGCUGCUGGGAGAGCUCUUUGUACUUCAUUAGUUGGCAACACUUUGGCAUCUCUCUCUUCUUCAAGAAAUUCUUUCUGGAAGGCUGAAUUUUCUUCCCCAGAGCUAAUUCCUCACUCAACUUCCUUCCAGGCAGUGUCGUUUUAGCAUCCCAAGUGGCGUUGAAGCUGAAAGCCUUCAGUCCCACUUGAUCCAUCCUGAUCCCAGGAUUUCUGCCCCGAGGUCAGGGUGGGUUUUUAUCUUUCUCUUAAAUGCUUUCUGGCUCCUGCUCCAGGGGUGGCUCCCAGCCACAAGGCAGAGGACUUGAGUUCUCCCUUGGAAAUUGGGUUUAAGCUCCAUUUCACUCCUGGUUUUUGCACUAAGCAAUUGUGUUGCUGAGUUUUAGCAACUCUCCCAACUUAUCCUUGGAACAUCCUUCUCCAAACAGCUCCAAACAGCUGGCUGGGCCAACACUAACAAUAAAUAAAAAUUCCCUUUAUUUUUUUUUUUUCCUUUACUUUUUUUUCUUUUUUUUCUCCCCUUCAGUGUAAAAAGCAUGCUUCAGCCUAGAUGAUCUCCUCCUUAAAAUUCCUUUAGUUGACAAAGGAAAGAUGAACUUCUUGUCAAGGAAACACGCUCAGGGUAAAUAGACUUAGGCUAUCAGGCAGGUAGGAGUAGCUCCAACACUCUUCUGGAAUAAUAGGAAACUGAAGAUGUGCAGAUAUAUAUAUUUUUUAAACGUAAAAUAGACAGUAAGUGACAGCUGACUCACUGUAAAAAUCUCCCAGGUGUGGUUUAUUCUUUACCUUGUGUCUUUGAUUGUAAAAUUAACUUGGAGUUACAACUUUGUGUGGAAAAAAAAUAAAAAAAAAAGGCAAAAAAAAACAAACCCCCCCCCCUAACUCAACGUGUGAAACUGCAUAAUGCUACAAGCUAACCUACAUUAUGUAAUGCUACCUUGGAUGUUGGAUUUGUUAAUGCACAUGGAGCGUGCAAAUAAAAAUUAAUUAAAUCACUUUA